AUGUCCAAGAUCGACAAGCUGUCCGUCCAUGGCAUUCGCUCCUUUGGCGGCAGCCGGGAGACAAUAUCAUUUUACACUCCCUUGACCCUCAUCGUCGGAUACAACGGCUCGGGCAAGACAACCAUUAUCGAAUGUCUCAAGUAUGCAACCACCGGUGAACAGCCUCCGAACAGCAAAGGCGGUGCUUUCGUUCAUGACCCCAAGCUAUGCGGAGAGAAGGAAGUGUUGGCCCAGGUCAAGCUUGCAUUCACAUCGACCAGCGGCCACAAGUGUGUUGCGACACGAAGCCUUCAAUUAACCGUCAAGAAAGCCUCUCGAUCGCUCAAGACCCUCGAAGGAUCGUUAGUGUACAACAAUAAUGGAGAGCGCACUGUCAUCUCAUCCAGGGUCGCCCAGAUGGACGAGUUCAUUCCAAGAGAAUUGGGUGUCUCUAGAGCUAUCCUCGACUACGUCAUCUUCUGCCAUCAGGACGAAUCUCUAUGGCCCAUGAGUGAGCCUUCGGCACUGAAGAAGCAAUUCGACCAGAUCUUCGAAGCGAUGCGAUACACCAAAGCUAUUGACAACCUGAAGGUUCUCAGAAAGAAGCAGGGCGAAGAGCUGGCGAAGCUCAAGAUCUUCGAGGAGCAAGACCGAAUCAACAAGGAGAAGGGUGACCGUGCUGAGAAACGAUCUAUGGCAUUGCAGAACGAUAUUGAGAGCUCCAGAGACAGGUGUAAUACCCUCACGGAGGAGAUGGAGGAGCUUCAGGAGCAAAUUCGCGAGAAACACGAGCAGGCCAACAGCUACUUGAGCAUCGUCAAUGACCUCAAGUUCAAGAGGGAUCAGCUCAGCUACCGCGAAGGAUCUAUCGCGGAUAUCAAGAUGACCCUUGAGGAGCUUCCUGAAGACGACGGAUACCUGGAGAACGCACUUGCGCAGUACGAGGAGCGCAUGACUCGGUACCAGGAAGAAGCAGACCAAAACAAGACACAAUACGCGGAGCUGCAAAGGGAUCUCACCAAAUCUCGCCAAGAACAUUCCGCGAAGCUCGCUGAGAGGGGAAAACACCAAUCUGAUAAGGACAAGUAUGAACGACAACUCCAGUCCCGCAUGCAAUUGGUUCGUGACGCUGCGGAACUUCAUAAUUUCCGCGGCUACGACGGCGACUUGAAGGACAGCCAAAUCAAGACUUUCAAUGAGCGCAUCCAGACAUUACUGACCGACAAGAAGCGUGAUCUUGAUCGUCUGCAAAAAGAGAAUGCGCGUGAGCUAGAUGAGGCGACCAAGACCAUUACAGAGCUGGAGGGUCGUAAAGCAACCACGACGCAAAACCGUGUGUUCGCCAAGCAGCGAACGGGCGCCAUUGAGAAGCGGACCAACGUCUUACAAAUGGACAUCAACCGUCUGGACAUUGACGAGGGUGCCAAGGCCAUCCUUGACAGCCAAUUUGAGGAUGUCGAGGGUAGGCUAAAGAAGGCCCAGGAGUUUCUGGUCAAUGCCGAUUACGAUACUCAGCUCAAUUCGGAAAACGAGAAGCUAUGGCAACUCGAGAGCGAGACAGAGAAGCUUGGUCGCGAAUUGAUUGAGUGCACCAGACUUGCCUCGGAGCGGGCGCAGUUGGAUUUGAGAAAGAAGGAGCUGGCAGAUCGCAAGCGGAAACUGGAGACCCUCACCAAUACGUGGAAGCCCAAGCUGGACACGCUUAUCGGUAACACUUGGCAGACCGACACUCUCGAGGCCCAGUUUCACGAUGCUCUGAAGCGCCAGAACAUGGUGGUUGCCGAAGUUCGCCAGAAGCGGGACGCGGCGCGGGACAAGCAACAGAAGGUUGACUUCAGACUCAAGAGCGCCAAGGAUGUUGGUUCCAAGAAGACUGAUGAAGCACAACGCUGUCGGAAUGCGGUCGUUGGCGCUCUACAGGAGGUCCGAGACGGUGCAACAAUUGAGGAUUACGAGGAAGAAGUCAAGAUGCACGAGGAGGACGUGGAGACAUACACCACUGACAUCAGCCUCCUUGACGCCUUGGCGGACUACUACCGCGGCUGCCAAAAAACGCUACAAGACAAGAACAAAUGUCGGCUGUGCGACCGCAAUUUUGAUGACAAGUCCCAUGUCUCCAAGUCUCGAUUCUCAGACAAGUUGAUCAAGUUCCUUGAUCCUAACAAGAAGGAGAAGGCAGAGGAAGACCUAGCUAACUCUACCGCCCUCCUUGGAUCGCUGCGAAAGGUCAAGGCGCAGUACGAGACGUAUCGGAGGUUGAUGUCGGAGCUCCCUCCUCUGAAGGAAGAGGUUGCUUCUUUCGAGGCCGAGUGUGAAACUCUGGGUCGGCAGCUCGAGGAGCACGAUGCCGCUGUCAGCAUCGAGGAGGGCAAGUUGAGCGACAUUGAGUUUCUCAACAAGACUGUCAUCAACAUCACUCAGGUCUUAAGGGAUAUCAAGGACUCCGAGGCACAGGUUGAUAGGAUCAUGUCUCAGCAAUCGUCCGGUACCGUCAGCAGGAGUGCUGAUGAAAUACACGAGCUUCAGGCCUCGUGCAACGAGCAGAUUCGUUCGAUGAAAGCCAAGAUCUCCAAGACAACGACGGAUCGGCAGCGGAUCAGGGACCAAGUGAACUCUCUCGAGCUGGAGAAGAGCGAGCUCCGGAACAAGCUGAGCAAGGCCUUGAACCAGCUUGAGCGCAAGAAGGACUUCCUGAACCAGAUCCAGACUCUGAAGGAGGACCAGGCCCACCAGCGGGAGUUAAUCAGUACUGCGGACCAGGAGUUGGAGUCCAUCGAACCCGAAAUCGCCGAGGCUAGAUCAGUCCGGGACGAAACCCUGCAACGUGGUCGUGGCAAGGAGCGGGCUAUUGCCGAGGAGCGCGACAAGAUUGCCGACUCCGUCACCGAACUGAAGAUGGUCGAGGGCGAUAUUCAGGAGUACAUCGACCGCGGCGGCCCUUCCAACCUGGCAGCAAACCAGCGCGCUAUCGCUAGUCUUGAGAAGUCGAUUGCUGGUCUGGAGAAGGAGAUUUCAGACUUGACCGUGCGGACAAACAAGUUGAAGCAGGACAUUGAUAAUGGCGACCGCAAGAAGCAGAACAUCAGUAACAACCUGAAGUAUCGCCAGAACCUGCAGCAGCUUGACAUCCUCCGACGAGGCAUUGCAGAGCUGGAGUCUCGCGACGCUGACGAGGAUUAUAAAUCGCUGAUCUCUGAAGCGAAGCACCUCGAGAACCGCCACAACCGGCUUGUCGCCGACCGCGGUUCCAUCAUGGGGCAAAUGAAAACCAAAGACGAGGAACUCGAACGACUCUUGGAAGAGUGGCAACAGGAAUACAAGAAUUCUUCCAGAAAGUAUCGCGAGUCGCACAUCAAGGUCGAAACGACCAAAGCUGCCAUUGAGGACUUGGCUCGGUACAUUUCGGCGCUGGACACGGCCAUCAUGCGGUACCACAGCCUCAAAAUGGAGGAGAUCAACCGCAUCGCUGGCGAGUUGUGGCAGAGCACGUACCAGGGCACCGAUAUUGACACCAUCCUCAUCCGCUCUGACAACGAGAACGCGACGUCGGGCCGCCGCUCGUACAACUACCGCGUCUGCAUGGUCAAGCAGGACACGGAGAUGGACAUGCGCGGCCGCUGCUCAGCGGGCCAAAAGGUCCUCGCCAGCAUCAUCAUCCGCCUCGCCCUCGCCGAGAGCUUCGGCGUCAACUGCGGUCUCAUCGCCCUCGACGAGCCGACGACCAACCUCGACAAGGACAACAUCAAGAGCCUCGCCGAGAGCCUGCACGCCAUCAUCAAGGCCCGGCAGGCGCAGAGCAACUUUCAGCUCAUUGUCAUCACGCACGACGAGGAGUUCUUGCGUCACAUGCGCUGCAGUGACUUUUGCGACAGCUUCUUUCGGGUCCGGCGGGACGAUAAACAGAACAGUGUCAUUACGAAGGAGAGCAUUACUAGAGUUUUGUAA